UCCCCUCUCACUCUCUCUCUCUCCCCCUCUAAAUUAUACUACUCUGUUAUUAGAGAGAGAGAGUGAAGAGUACCCAUAAACACUAGUAUUUCGUCUGUAAUUUUCUGUUUAAUUUGUAGCUAAGCUCUAGAAUAAUGGAUGUCUACGGAGUGUCAGCACCAGAGUUGUUUCGUAUUGAUGAUCUUCUUGAUUUCUCUAAUGACGAAAUAUUCUCCAUUAACAACACCAACUCCACCACCACCGACUCUCAGCAUGGCCACCACCAUCAACCUCACUCCUCCGCCGCCGCCGCCAAUUACUACGACAAUUUCCUUCCUAAUUCCUCCGACGACUUCACCGACAACCUCUGCGUCCCCAGUGAUGAUGUAGCCGAGUUAGAAUGGCUAUCAAACUUCGUAGAAGAUUCAUUCAGUAACUUUCCAGCUAACUCCGUUACCGGAACAAUGAAUCAUCUCAGUUCCAAUACUACGUCGUUUCACGGCAGGUCAAGAAGCAAACGUUCUCGUUCAACUUCAAACUGGACAACAUCCUCACUACAAAACCCUAACCCUAACGCUACUACAAUGAAGAACAACAAGGAGAGUAGUACUUCAGUACAUACCAGAGAACAAAGAUCAUCAUCAUCAUCAUCUUCAAUAAUGGAUGAAGAUGUGCCACGUAGAUGCACCCAUUGCGCUUCGGAGAAGACACCGCAAUGGAGAACUGGGCCUUUAGGCCCAAAAACACUAUGUAACGCGUGUGGCGUUAGGUACAAAUCGGGUCGGUUAGUACCCGAAUACCGACCCGCUGCUAGCCCCACUUUUGUGUUAACACAGCAUUCGAAUUCUCACCGGAAAGUUAUGGAACUCCGACGACAGAAGGAAAUGUCCGCACAAAUGCCGCCGCCCUCUACGGAGGAGGAGAUGUACGGACGUCAUUUUCGGGUGUGCUGACGUCAUCAGGAAAGAAGAGACACGUGUCUUCAUUUGCUGAGCUAACCGUGGACUUAUUUUAUGCUAAUUUUACAAUCUGAAACCU